CAAGGGGACGUGACUGAUACUCGUACCUUGAUGCCUUGCAUGUAUUAGGACUCACUAACGUAGUCUUGAGACAAAAGAUCAUGGAGGCCUCGUAAAGGCAGACAGAUGUGCUGGAGUUCUAAUGACGAGGUCUUGAAAGGUAUUACUAUGACUGAGCGAGUUGUAAUGUGGAGGAGCGCGAUAUAUGAUGAUUUGGUUUCUGCUACGAAUUCUCUACGGUCCGUCUGACGCUGACAUCAGUACCGAUGGGAGGACCACUUGUUCAGCAAAAGGGUUGAUGAGAUCUGGCGUCGCGUCGCGCGCGAUGAACAAAACCAAAAUAGAAUCACUUGAUUCUUUAUGGGUUGGCUCAUCGGGUUCGAUGACAACAGCACCAGACCACUCAUACUCUCAGCCUUGCUGGGAAUACAGAUGCAGGUCCCAGCUGCAUGACAUCCCUGAUCGUCGUCUUUUGUGUGGUCACCUGUGCCAUACUUCUCUCAGUCUAUAUUCGUUCCUAGAGGGACAGGGGAAUACCUUGUAAAAUGCGAGAUGUCAUUGCUAGAAAACCAUGGUGAACAUGUCAGAACAUGAUGCACAGUCCCUCAGCAUGCCAAUACUUCACAAUC